GGUCCCGCGCGCAAGCCGACUGACCAAUGGGGACCGAGCGAGCGGGAGGGGCGGGGCAUAGCGGUGCGUAGCGGAGCGCAGCGGAGCGCAGCUACAGGUGCGUGUCCUCCGGUGCGCAUGCGCCGUAGCGCAGCUCCCGGUGCUCACGGACCGGUGUCCGUCGUCCCGGACCGGUGUCCAUCCUCCCCCGUGUCUCUGGGCUCUCCCUCCCCGCGCUCACCCCGGUUUCAGCGGCGCUGUCCCAUUCCAGCAGCCCCUGGUUGAGAAAAAGACAUAAACCCAGAUAUUGGAGCUGUGCCCCGUGCGCCCCGUGAUUCCUCCCUCCCCCAGCAGCGUUUCCCCCCCGGGACCGUGCUCCAGCCCGCGGCAGGAUGGGACCCCUGGGAGAACGGUGUUUCCCGGUGCUGUCCUGGUGCCGGCAGCGGCGGCCGUGCAGGGGGACACGCGGGAUCACGGCACCGGGAGCGGGGCGGGUGGGAAGCACAGAGCCCCGGGCGCUGCCCCCCGCCGCUCUCCAGUCUCCCGGGGCUCGUUUCGGUUUCGUUUCCCGGAAGGAUCGCGCCGCCGCGGCCGUAGGGACGGGACCCGCCCGUGCCGGGCACCGGGACAGCGCCGAGCGGCGGGAGCGGCCACCCAGCGGCACCGGGGAUGCAGCUUAUUGCUUAGAAUGAAUCCGAAAGAGUUUGUGUUGCUGUCAAGCCUGUCCAGAGUUUAUACUGGAGUUUCUCCAUUUUCCUCACAUAAAGUUAUGCAGCUACUUGCAGAGAUUCAUCUCGGUGCUGGUAAAGGAUCUAGAACUAGUGUGGAAGAGCUGCAGAUGGCACACGGAACCAGUUAGAAGCUCCAUGAGCAGCAUUUACCAUGAUGGAGGUGUCUCCAAAGCGAAGGCAACACCAAAGCUGGGCAUUUGCCCCCGACACGGCUGAUCUCAUUUCCCCAGGGUAAAGCGGCAGACGGCUCUUCCAGCCCCGUUGUCGCAGCUUCGUUACCCGCCCUGUCCCAGAUCCAAUGCGCACCCACCGGCGAGGGGGAGAUCUUCAGGCUUCCAGGCAGGCUGAGAAUCCAGCCCUCCCUGUGGAGCAAGGACGACGUGAUCCACUGGCUCCGGUGGGCUGAGAAGGAGUAUUCGCUUCCACAGACGGACAAAAGCAGGUUUGAAAUGAACGGCAAAGCUCUGUGUAUCCUCACCAAGGAUGACUUCAGAUACCGAGCUCCGAGCUCAGGUGAUGUGUUAUAUGAAAUCCUCCAGUACAUUAAGACUCAAAGAAGAGCUCUGGUGUGCAGCCCUUUGCUCAGCUCACCGUUUGGAGAAGCCAGGAGCCCCAAGGAAGGAACAGACUGUAGUGCUGAAGCUGCCUCAGUUUCUCUUUCCUCCUGCCUGGGUUGUGCAGAACAGCCCGUGUCCCACAGCCGCGCGGAGCCACUGAACCUCUCCCAUCACAGCUCGGAGGGCGGCUGCAGCACAGGUGCCGUCUGCUCCGUUCCUGCAGCCCCAGUGGAUGGGAAAAUUGCAGACUGCAGGUUGCUGUGGGAUUACGUGUACCAGCUCCUCUCUGACAGCCGCUACGAGCCCUACAUCAAGUGGGAAGACAAGGAAGCCAAAGUCUUCCGGGUCAUUAACCCAAACGGGCUUGCCCAGCUCUGGGGGAAUCACAAGAACCGAAUGAACAUGACAUAUGAGAAGAUGUCACGAGCACUCAGACAUUACUAUAAACUCAACAUUAUCAAAAAGGAGCCGGGGCAGAAGCUGUUGUUCAGGUUUUUGAAGACUCCUGGGGAGAUCAUCCAUGAGAAAUCCAGCAAACUAGAGCAGCUGGAGAACGAGGACCAUGAGGAUUUGAAAGAAGACCCGGUGGACGUUUCACCAUAGGAAACCUUGGAAGGCGGUGUUUUCAGCACAUCACAGACAGAUUUGUGCUCCGCUGGGAAGUGCUGGCAUCCCUUGCAUCUCCUGGACGGACGGCACAAAGCUGGUCCUGGAUUUCAAAUCCUGUCCUGAGCCAAAGCUGUGAAAUCUCUGGGGCCUCAUUAGCAAAACACACCCAGAAAUCGUCCCCCAGCUCUGAAAGCGAUCGUGUGAGCGGGUCUUCUGCUCGCUUCUCUUCUCUCCUCCGCAAGGGAAUGUGAUGGUUUUGCUCUGUACAUUUUGGUGCUUGCCUUCAUGGUUUGCACUUGCUGGUAAAGAUGUCACUUUUGUCACAGCAAGAUGUGCGGAGCAGGGACCCCGGAGCACGUGCUCCUGGUCAAACACCUGCCGAAGUGUUUGCAGAGAGCAGCGGUCCUGAGCCUGAACGUGUUGGUCUGAAUCUGAGCCAUUUGCCCCAUUCCAGACGGACCUAGAGCGUAGAUACCCUGUAUGUUUUAACCUUGUAUCCUGUGGGGUUGCUCCUGUGAUUAAGGAUGUGAACAGAUGAAAUAUCUACCUGGAUCAGGCCUGGCCUGAGCUCCAGGUUGCCCUAAGCUGGGUCUUAACUCCUUCCCUGCAAUGUAAUGCUUUUUGUGAUUAGCUGGCUAAAUAAUGUGGAAAGAAACACAGCCGGUAAUGAACACGAGCAUACUCAUUGUCAGAGACAGGAUUAUUUGCUUGGAAUUCAAAGCAGGAAUCCCGGCAAGUCCAGGCACUGUGAGUGACCUGGAAGGAACAAUGCGUGUGUGGUUUUUUAAAUAUGAAAAUAUCCACUAUUUCAUUAAAUAAAUAAAAUCCCGUGGCUGUGUAUGGUUAAAAAUCCCACGUCUUGUGGCUGAAGGUCUGAAACGGGGAAAUCCAAGCUUUCCUCAUUUAAAACCAGUUCCUGUGGGGACCCAGAUCUUGUUCCCAAGCUCACAACCCCUAAACCAGAACACGCCAGUCCCAGCAGCUCAGCAGGUGGGUGGAUGCAGAACAAACACAGUGAUUUGUAGCUACGUGGACAUGCACAGAUCCAGGUAGUGAAGCAGCAUCGUGUUUCACAGCUGAUAAGAAAAGGUGAGUUAACCCCAACCUUCGCACCACUGCAGAAAUUCCCCUGCCUCAGGUCUUUGCCCUAGACCCUUGCCCAAGCCCAAGUUGCUGUCUCAGAGCUGCAUCAGCACUGCUUUUGGGGUAAAAAUAUUGUGAAUGGGUCCAGGAACUGUCAGACUUGUGAAAAACUUCGGUAGAGGUUUUGUGACUGAGGUUUCAAUCAAAAUUGGUUGUUGCCAACCUGAACCCACAGCCCCUCUCUCUAUAACUGGUGUUGCUCCUCCAAAACUCUUUUGCACCCACGAAGUGGAGAUGCGGGUGGGCUGCAGCCGCCAAGAGAUGGUGGUGGGACACCCGGCAGCUGGUUGGCAGAACAUCAACAGUACGACACCUCCGGAAACGCGGGCUGAGAAGUUU